CUGAAGCUGUGACCAGUUUGCAGCUCGGAGCACUGAGGAACAAUUUAACUUUCAAUUUCGAUUUCUUUCAGAAAAAAACAUGGAGUCCUUCUGAUGUUUGAUUGUAGAAUAUAUUUGCUAAACUACACGCGUGGAAAACUAAUUUUGAACUAUAAAUUACGUUUUCGACAACAAGAAAACUCUGUAAAACCGGAGCUGUUCGACUGAACGUUGACCGGAUCACUCUGUCGGUGUUUUUACCGGAGUCUCUGCAGUGCAUCACCAUGUUGGGAGAAACGGGACCAGAAUGGACGACCGAGGAGGUGAAAACAGGAACAACUAUUAUUGCCAUAGAGUUUGCCGGAGGGGUCGUGCUGGGCUCUGAUUCCAGAGUGUCUGCUGGGGAAUCAGUGGUGAACAGGGUGAUGAACAAGCUGUCUCCCCUCCAUGACAGGAUCUACUGUGCUCUGUCUGGAUCUGCAGCAGAUGCUCAGACCAUCGCUGAGAUAGUCAACUACCAGCUGGAUGUCCACAGUAUUGAGAUCGGUGAGGACCCUCAGGUUCGCUCAGCCGCCACUCUGGUGAGGAACAUAUCAUACAAGUACAAGGAGGAGCUGUCAGCACAUCUCAUUGUAGCCGGCUGGGACAGGAGAGAUGGAGGACAGGUCUUCGCGACCCUGAAUGGGCUCCUGACUAGACAACCUUUUGCAAUUGGAGGCUCUGGCAGCUCAUAUAUUUAUGGCUUUGUUGAUGCUGAGUAUCGCAAAGGCAUGACUAAGGAGGAGUGCCAACAGUUUGUCGUCAACACUCUUGCUUUGGCAAUGAACCGUGAUGGCUCCAGUGGGGGCGUGGCCUACAUGGUCACCAUCGAUGAGCACAGCACAGAGGAGAAAGUCAUUCUAGGAAAUGACCUGCCCACCUUCUUUGAUCAGUGACAUGUUUGUUUCCCUCACAACAGCCAUGGCUCAGUUUUAUUUUUUCUUUCGCACAGCGGUCAACUAAUCCAGCUUGUGGACCAAAAGACAUCAGACAAGUGUACAUUUGUAUCCCAUUUAUUCUUGCAUUUCUCACUAAUUCCCACAGUUUUUUAGUGUGUUAUCAGGCAGUCUCUGAGUGAGUUUAAUUGCAGUUGAUCACCAUUAAAUGUUUGAAAUAUAACUAAAAACAAGCUUACAAUAAGUGAUCUUUGAUUUGCUUGUCAAAGAAAAUUUUACUGACAUUAGUUGUUCAUUUCAGAGGGAUGAACAUUCUGUUGCUGUGACUGAUUGUUUAUCUGUGUCAUCCACGGUCACUUCCUUUUGUUAAACUUGCUGGAAGUCUCAUUAUUCACUAUGUUUUUGUGGUGUCAGAGUAAAAUGAAAUAAAUACACCUACUUUUGGCAAAGCCUUAAACCUCUCUGUAAGUACAGUCACACAGAAACACUUCUGUAUUUUCUGUAGCAUUAGAGCAGCAUCUCUGUGUGAACUAUUCAGUCUGACAAACACAUCACCACAAAGAACCAACACAGGAUUAUUUCACAAACAUUUCACUACACUCAACAGUGUGUUUACAAAUCCAAAUAUUAACACAAGACUAAGAUGGUUAGACAGUUUAGACUGGAUGUUAAUCCAGUCUAAUCCAGAAAAACAUUUUUGAAUAAGACCUCUCAUAGUGGAUACACUAACAAUGAGCCGUACACAUG